AUGGCCUCAACAAGCCAGUUAACGCCCUUCGGCAAGCCGAUGCUGAAGCACUGGCUCUUCGAUCCAGCUUACAAGAACUUGAACCAUGGUUCUUUUGGUGCCCAUCCCAUUCCGGUGAAAGACGCACAGCGCGCCUUCAUGGAUCUCGCCGAUUCACGGCCCGAUCCAUACAUUCGCCGAUACCACGCCGAGUACCUAGAUAAAGCUCGUGAAGAUGUUGCCAAGAUCCUCAACGCCCAGCGAGAUGAGUGCGUGUUUGUCAAGAAUGCGACUACCGGUGUGGCGACGGUAUUGUACAACCUAACCUUCCAACCGGGCGAGGCACUCAUCUACUUCGAGCCCGUCUACGGCGCCGUUGAGAGAGGCAUCGUUUCGCUACAAGAGCACAGCUCUCUGCAAUCCCGGAAAGUGUCUUUCCAGUUUCCGAUUUCCGAGGAUGAGCUAGAACGCCGGUUCCGCGAGGUCAUUCGCAAGACUCGCGAAGAGGGACUGAAAGUCCGGGCCAGUGUCUUCGACGCCAUCGUCAGUAACCCGGGUGUGCGGUUCCCAUUUGAGCGGAUUACCGCGAUUUGUCGCGAAGAAGGUAUUCUGAGCGUCAUUGACGCCGCGCAUGGUAUCGGCCACAUUCAUCUCGAUAUGGAGAAGCUGCAACCUGACUUCUUCGUAUCAAACUGUCACAAAUGGCUUUACACACCCCGCAGCUGUGCAGUUCUCUACGUCCCCAAGCGUAACCAACAUCUCAUGCGCACCACAAUGCCAACAUCCUGGGGUUUCAUUCCAGCUCCAGAAUCCCCGGAUACUGCCCCCUCAGUGCUGAACGAUCACAACGCACCCGCAACCAAAACCGCUUUCGAGCAGCUCUUCGAGUUCGUCGCCACCAGCGAUGACUCCGCAUACAUCUGCAUCGCAGCAGCGCUGAAAUUCCGCGCCGAAGUCUGUGGAGGUGAGGAUGCCAUUAUUGAGUACACACAGCGUGUUGCGAAUGAAGGCGCCGACGCCAUCGCUGCCAUGCUUGGUACCGAUGUUAUGCAAGAACCCGACCUGAAGCCAGGUCAGGAGAGCCGCAUGCGCCAGUGUGCCAUGACUACUGUCCGGCUACCCAUCGCUGUCGCUACUGCUGGGAGGGAGGCCGAGUCGUUCGAGCAUACCCCCUUGGUUGUGUUGUCGGAGGAAGAUGCCCUGAAAGCAUUCGCCUGGAUUCAGACCAAGCUUAUGGAUGAUCACAACACGUUCCUGCCGGUGUUCCGCCAUGGCCCGUGGCUGUGGACUCGUCUGAGUGGCCAGACUUACUUGGAGACGAGUGACUUUGAGUCUGCUGGUGUUAUUUUGCGUGAUCUUUGUGAACGGGUUGCGAAGCAGGAGUUCAAGGCUUGA